AUGCGCGGGGGGAAAACUGAUGCCCGGGGCUGGGGCCUCCUCCCGGUGCCCGCAGGGUCCCGGUGCCGCGGCGCCGCCCGGUACCGACAGAGGGCGCCGCGGGCGGGGUCGCCCCCGCCUCCCCCGGGGCGGAUGAAGGCGGCGGGACCGGCAUCGGGACCGGGAGCGGGCGGGAUGCUCCCGGGAGCGCUCCGCCUGCUCUGCUGCGCUGCUACCCUGCUCGCUGCCGCAGAGCAGCAGCUGAGCUCUGGCGUGGUUGUCAUCAUCUGCCUCUUCGUCUGUGUGCUGGUGGGGGGCACAGCGGUGCUGCUGGUGCGGCUGUGCCGGCGCGGGACCCCCCGUGGGACCCCCCGCUUCCACCACCUGGACGAGGUGCCCAUGAGCAAGGUGGAGGAGUCCCCUGUCACCCACCCCACACCCAGGUGA